CUUGUUUUUAAAUUUUAAAAAAGAUUUUUUUUUAUAUUGAGGUUGUUUUUCUCACUCAUUUUCAAACAAAAUUUUGAGGGUUUGUUUUUGAAGGUUUGGUAUAAAAAGAUAUUUUAUAUUAGCUGCAAAGAUUCUUCAAUCUCCUCUGUUUUAGCCACCACCUUAUCAUCUCUCUAUCUUUGAAAAACCAGGGAGGGUAGAGAGAUAAGAGAGUGAACCAUGGAGGCUGUUUUACAAGCUAAAGGGCUUCUCUCUCUGCCACCAAACCCUAUAACCAGAGCUUCUCUAUGCCCCUCACAUGGCUUAAAACACAGACUUUUUGCCACAAAACCGAACCCUUUAUCUGGGUUAUCUCUAUCCUCAAAUGGGCUCCCAAAAUUUCAAUCCUUUGUGUCAAAACCAAUUGGGUUCCCUUCAAAAGAUAGAAACUUUGGUGUUUGCAAAGCAGAAGCUGCUGCUGCUGAAGGGCAGCCUUUGUUUGGUGAACCUGAAAAGGCCAAACUUUUGGGUGUUGAAGUUGAAACUCUUAAGAAAAUUAUCCCACUUGGUUUGAUGUUUUUUUGUAUUUUGUUCAAUUAUACUAUUCUUAGGGAUACUAAGGAUGUGUUGGUUGUGACUGCUAAGGGGAGUAGUGCUGAGAUUAUACCAUUUUUGAAGACUUGGGUGAAUUUGCCUAUGGCUAUUGGGUUUAUGGUGUUGUAUUCUCAGUUGUCUAAUGUUUUGUCUAAGCAGGCUCUUUUUUAUACUGUGAUUUUUCCUUUUAUUGCUUUCUUUGGUGCUUUUGGGUUCCUUUUGUAUCCUCUUAGUAAUCAUAUUCACCCUGAAGCUUUUGCUGAUAAGCUGCUUAGUGUACUUGGUCCAAGGUUUCUUGGUCCUAUUGCUAUUCUGAGGAUUUGGACCUUUUGUUUGUUUUAUGUUAUGGCUGAAUUGUGGGGGAGUGUUGUUGUUUCUGUGCUCUUCUGGGGGUUUGCUAAUCAGAUUACUACCAUAGAUGAAGCAAAGAAAUUCUAUCCUUUGUUUGGACUUGGGGCAAAUAUUGCCUUAAUUUUCUCCGGCCGAACAGUGAAGUAUUUCUCCAAUUUGAGACAAAAUUUGGGUCCUGGAGUUGAUGGUUGGGCUGUCUCUCUCAAAGGGAUGAUGAGCAUUGUGGUAUUGAUGGGGUUUGCUAUCUGUUUCCUAUACUGGUGGGUGAAUAACUCUGUUGCUCUUCCAACACGUAGCAAGAAGAAGAAGGAAAAGCCAAAGAUGGGUACAAUGGAGAGCUUGAAAUUCCUCGUGUCUUCAAAAUACAUUAGAGAUCUUGCCACUUUGGUGGUUGCAUACGGUAUUAGCAUCAACCUGGUCGAGGUUACCUGGAAAUCAAAGCUCAAAGCACAGUUCCCAAGCCCGAAUGCAUAUUCUUCUUUUAUGGGCGACUUUUCAACUGCCACUGGAAUAGCAACAUUCAUUAUGAUGCUUCUUAGCCAGUUUAUUUUUGACAAAUAUGGAUGGGGAGCUGCAGCCAAAAUCACACCUACAGUCCUGCUUCUCACCGGAGUGGGUUUCUUCUCAUUACUUUUAUUCGGAGGUCCUAUUGCACCGAUCCUCACACAGUUUGGAAUGACUCCUCUUCUUGCUGCCGUAUACGUGGGUGCACUGCAAAACAUUUUCAGCAAGAGUGCCAAGUACAGUUUGUUCGACCCUUGCAAAGAAAUGGCCUAUAUUCCCUUGGAUGAGGAGACCAAGGUUAAAGGGAAGGCGGCCAUUGAUGUCGUCUGCAAUCCGUUGGGCAAGUCUGGAGGAGCUCUCAUCCAACAAUUUAUGAUCUUAACCUUCGGUUCACUUGCAAAUUCGACUCCAUAUCUCGGGGGAACCCUCCUAGUGAUUGUGCUUUUAUGGUUAGGGGCAGCGAGGUCUUUGGAUACUCAGUUUACUGCUCUGCGCCGAGAAGAAGAGCUUGAGAAGGAAAUGGAAAGAGCAGCUGUUAAGAUUCCGGUUGUAUCUCAAGAAAGCGAGAAUGGUUCAUUUCCAGGUGGUUCGCUGAAUGCGGCAAGAGAUGAAACAACCAGUUCAUCCGGAAAACAGUAAAACACAUCUUCCGUCAUUAAACCGUGGCAUAAUGGAAGAAUAAAUCGACGAAAUGAGAAGCGUCUUUAGCCGAAUUACGCCAUUGUAGGAAUUUUAUUUAUAGAAAAAUAAUAGCUGAAGUGGUAUGCAUUCUAUUGUUUCUUUUGAAGUCCACUAUUUUGGUAGGGGAUGGGCUUACUCUCUUCAAUUUAUGUUUAGUUCAUUCAUGUGAUUGUAAAACUAAAGUUGGAUAGAUAUUAAAUAGAAAUUUGUUCUUUCA